UCCACAGAAUGUAUCACGUGGCUUUGACUCGAGAGAGAUCUGCGUUAACAGCCGACGGAACUGUGCGGAAUGGGAAAAGGCAUUGGCGAUAAGGGGAACAAAGGAAGAACAAAGGAGGGUUCUUUCUCACAGAGAGAUAAGCAAAUAAUAAAGGACGAAUUUUUGGCAUAAAGAAAUAGUUUUUUCGCAUCCCCUGCCCUUUAUCUGCUGUUGUUGUCGUUCUCAAUCGUUUUCUCAUUGAGAUUCUCCAGCCGACAUCGGAGCUCCGGCGAUAACAGAUCUACAGGUGUUCGAAAUCCCCUGAAGGUCGCCAUUGAAUCCCGGGAUGGAAUCGAUCCUUGCCCGGGCUCUCGAGUACACGCUCAAGUACUGGCUUAAAUCUUUUUCCAGGGAUCAGUUCAAGCUCCAAGGCCGCACAGCUCAGCUAUCUAACCUAGACAUCAACGGGGACGUGCUACACGCGAGUCUCGGGCUGCCUUUGGCUUUGAAUGUGACCACCGCGCGAGUUGGGAAGCUGGAAAUUACGCUACCUGCUGUUUCUUACGUACAAACAGAUCCGAUUGUUGUCCGAAUUGAUAGGCUUGAUCUGGUUCUGGAGGAGAAAUCUGAGGAGGAUGAGCGGAGUUCCAGCAGUGUUCAGUUAUCAACAAGCUCUGCAAAAGGCAGUGGAUAUGGAUUUGCUGACAAGAUUGCAGAUGGAAUGACUUUGGAAGUACGAACCGUUAAUCUUUUGCUUGAAACACGUGGUGGCACGCAACGACAAGGAGGUUCGACUUGGUCUCCGCCAUUGGCAUCUAUCACAAUUCGCAACCUUUGGUUGUAUACUACAAAUGAAAAUUGGGAGGUUGUCAAUUUGAAGGAAGCAAGGGACUUCUCCAAUAAUAAAAAAUUCAUUUAUGUGUUCAAGAAGUUGGAAUGGGAUUCUCUAUCAAUUGAUCUUUUACCUCAUCCUGAUAUGCUUUCGGAUUCACACUUAUCCUUGAACAAUGGAAAGAAUGGAAGAGAUAACGAUGGCGCAAAAAGAGUAUUCUUUGGGGGUGAAAGAUUCUUGGAAGGAAUCGCCGGACAGGCUUAUAUUACAGUGCAAAGGACUGAACAAAAUGGUCCACUGGGUCUAGAGGUUCAGUUACAUGUCAGUGAAGCUGUGUCUCCUGCUUUCAGUGAACCAGGUUUACGUGCUUUUCUUCGGUUCAUGACAGGACUGUAUGUUUGUUUAAAUAGGGGAGAUGUUGACCCGAAGGCUCAGCAGAGGUCUGCUGAGGCUGCCGGUCGUUCGUUGGUUUCGAUUAUUGUAGACCAUAUCUUUCUCUGUAUCAAGGAUGCUGAUUUUCAGCUUGAACUUCUCAUGCAGUCGCUUUUUUUCUCCAGGGCUAGUAUAUCCGAUGGUGAAGUUUCAAAAAAUUUAACUCGAGUUAUGGUUGGUGGAUUGUUCCUGAGGGAUACCUUUGCAAGCCCUCCAUGCACUUUAGUUCAACCACAAAUGCAGGCUGCUCAAGAGGAAUCUCUGCAAAUUCCAGAAUUUGGAAAGAAUUUUUCUCCACCAAUCUAUCCUUUUGGAGAUUCACAGAUAAAGUUCAAUAUAGAUGUGCCUCUGAUUCGUCUUCAUUCUCUUCAGAUUACUCCUUCGCCUUCCCCCCCUACUUUUGCUUCACAGACAGUCAUCGAUUGUCAACCUCUUUCGAUUAUUCUCCAGGAAGAAUCUUGUUUGAGGAUCUCCUCUUUCUUGGCCGACGGGGUGGUUGUGAAUCCCGGAACUGUCUUGCCUGAUUUCUCCAUCAAUUCAUUACAGUUCACCCUGAAAGAAUUGGAUCUAAUUAUUCCUCUAGACUUCAAAAAAUCUAUAGAACCUCACUCAACUAAAGAAUUGCAUUCUCCACCCUCUUUUUCUGGCGCAAGGCUUCAUGUAGCAGACUUGUGUUUUUCACAAUCUCCAUCAAUAAAAUGCAAUUUACUAAAUUUGGAGAAAGAUGCUGCCUGCUUUAGCUUAUGGGAGUACCAACCGAUAGAUGCGGGCCAAAAAAAGUGGACUACUCGAGCUUCUCACCUUAGUCUUGCACUCGAAACUUCAAUUAGCUCAUCAACAGAGCGGGCGGGUUCAGUUGAUUCGCCCACCGGGCUCUGGAAGUGUGUUGAGGUGCACGAAGCCUGCUUUGAGGCAGCUAUGGUUACUCCAGAUGGCAAACCUUUGGUUGAAGUGCCCCCUCCUGGAGGUGUUGUUAGAAUAGGAGUUUCCUGUGAAGGAUAUUCAUCCAACACUUCUGUUGAGCAGCUACUCUUUGUCUUAGACAUAUAUGCUUUUUUUGGUGAAGUUAGCGAAAAGGUCAAAAAAAUCUGUAAAAACCAAAAUAGCAAAAGCAGGUUUUUGGGUAAAAAGUUCAUGGAAAAACUUCCGAGUGAUACCAUCGUUAGUUUAGCUGUUAAAAACCUUCAUCUUAUGUUUCUCGAGUCGCAUUCGUUGGAUGUUCAAGGAAUGCCUUUAGUUCGAUUCGACGGAGAAGAUUUCUCCGUGAAAGUUUCUCACCAGACUCUAGGCGGCGCUUUCGCUGUGUCGACCGGUUUGAUUUGGAAAAGCAUCUGUAUCAACUGUGUGGAUGAUGGAGUAUUAGCUCACAGGAGGUCCAUAGGUUCUGCUUCUGAGCAUGAAUUGCGGGGAGUGGGGAAUGGUUAUCCUCAAAUGAGACGCGUUUGUUGGAUCGAAAACCGGAGUGAGAAUCAAACCCUUGCGGUCCCAUUUCUCGAUGUGUCUGUCUUGCAUGUUGUGCCUUACAAAAUGCGAGAUAUGGAAUGUCAUAGCUUGAAUGUCUCGGCAAAAUUUUCCGGAGUCCGACUUGGUGGUGGAAUGAACUAUACUGAGACACUUCUGCAUCGAUUCGGUAUACUUGGACCGGAUGGUGGACCUGGUGAGGGUCUAACAAAAGGAUUGGAAAAUUUAUCUUCCGGGCCUCUUGUAAAUCUCUUUAGGCCGUCGUCUAUGGUGGAUACCAGCAAGGAAAAUAAGGAGGAGGAUCCAUUGUUGCUUUUGGAGCUGGGAAUGCCAGAUGACAUUGAUGUAUCCAUAGAGUUGAGAAAUUGGUUGUUUGCUCUUGAAGGAACAGAGGAGAUGAGAGAAGGCUGGUGGUAUAGUAAUGGGGAGAAUUUCAGGAGAGAGGAAAUGUGUUGGCACACAACAUUCCAAAAUUUACGAAUGAAAGCGAUGAGUGCUCGUGCAAAUAGUUCAUAUGGAACGGUAGAGUUGCAAAAGUCUGGCAACCAUCCUUUGGAAUUGAUCAUCGUCGGCAUUGAAGGUUUGGAGGCCUUGAAGCCUCGCUCCGGCGAUGGCCAUUCUGAAGUAGGCAACCCGGGAAUUAAAUUAAACAGUAAUUCGAGCAAUUUAGGUCCCGUUAGUGAUGCCGGAGGCAUUAACAUCGAAGCUCAUUUAGUUCUUUCUGAUUCUGAGUGUGCACAAGAAGCUAAGUGGGCUGUAGAGAAUAUCAAAUUCUCAGUUAAGCAACCGAUUGAGGCCGUUGUCUCGAAGGAGGAACUUGAGCACCUCGCUGUACUCUGCAGGUCAGAAAUGGACUCGAUGGGAAGAAUCGCUGCGGGAAUUCUCCGUGUCUUAAAGCUCGAGGAAUCGAUUGGCUUGGCUACCAUAGAUCAGCUCAGCAAUCUUGGAAGUGAGAGCUUGGACAAAAUAUUUACGCCUGAUAAACUGAGCAGGCGGAGCAGCAUCAGCAGCACUAUGAACUUCACGCCUAAAUCAAACGCCAUUGUUGGGAGUUCAAAUUCUAACUUGAAUUACACCAUUUCUUUACUGGAAGCUGAGGUUGAAGAAUCAAAGGAGAAGUGCUCUGAGCUUCUUUCAGCAAUAAGCAGCUCGAUCGAUUCAUCGGAAUCUGGUUCUGAUGUUAACCAGCUUAAGCAAAGGCUGGAGAACAUGCAAACUCUGUUGACGAGAAUGAGGACUCUGCUUUGAUUCAAAAGCAACUAAUUUUGCUCUGCCUUUUUGCGCAUUUAUUCUUUUAUAAGUGCAUAUCUUGUUUGUAAAGGAAUUUAAAAUAAGCAGUUUUGAUGAGAUUCAAGCAUGCUUAGCUUAGAUUUGUUUUGAUCUCAGAAUGGGGGGGGUUAAGAAACUUGGUACAUUAGAUGAAUAGUUCAAAUUCUUUUGGACAAUAUUUGUUUAUAUAUAAUAUUAUUUAGGUGUUAGAAGUAGUUUGAA